UACCUCACUUUUGACACUUCUUUUCUGCCAAUGUUUCUUGAUCAAACCAUGCCUAGUCUGCAGCGGAGUCCCUCUAAGGCAAAAAAGAACCUCACCUAUAAUUCUAUCAUCAACUGAACUAUGCUGUAAUAAAAUCUCAAAGUCCACUUUAAUUACCACCUUAAUUGAGUUGUCAUGGAACAUUAUAUAUAGAUUAGCAAAUAGUGUAUCUUCCCCUUCAUAAUCAACUCAAGAUCAAACAUGGAGUUCUCCACAACCGAAGCCGAAAAUCAGACAUCCGUAAUCAGUCCAAGUUUCUGCGUCCCAUCACACGUCCAUCUAACGAUCGUGAGGAAACUCCUAGCCGUCACAGAUGGCAACUUUGUUGUCACAGAUGAAAACGGCAACGUUAUGUUCAAAGUCAUCGACAAACUCUUCAGCGUUCAUGAUCGCCACGUCCUCCUCGACGCUGCAGGCACUCCCAUCGCCACUUUCAGGAAAAAGGCACUCAGUGCACACAAAAGGUGGCAGGUUUUCAGGGGAGAUAGCUCAGCCUCCGCUGAUCUGCUCUUCAGUGCUAAGAAAUCUUCACUUGUCCAGCUCAAGACUGAACUGGAUGUAUUUUUGUCGGGAAACGAGGAUGAACGUUCGCGUGACUUUAAGGUUGUCGGAAGCUGGUUAGAGAGGUCAUGCGUCAUCUACGACAAGGAUUCAACGCCCAUCGCCACGACGCAGAAGAAAUGGAAUUUUGGCAGCGUUGUCCUUGGGAAGGACCGUUUUGAUGUGGUUGUUUAUCCACAGGUUGAUUAUGCUUUCGUAGUUGCCCUUGUUGUAAUACUUUACGAGAUCAACAAGGACAAGGACGAUUAAUGAACUAUGUUGUGUUGCCCCAGACACGCUCUAGACAUAUACUAGAAAUGGACCUGUUUCUAAGUUGUGAACAACAUCAAUGCUAAUAGUCCGUUUACGCGAUUAUAAAGAGACAACAUAAACUGUAAUAAAGAAAUUAUGUCGUUUAUCGAGAAAAAUGCUACUUACUUAUCUUUUUCUGCAUCAUAUGACUGUCGUCAAUGAAUCAUAGUACGACACUUAAUAAAACAAGGAGAGGCGAAACAAAAUACAAAAAGUAAUUGGUGAUAACUAUAUAGUACGAUACUCUUGUUCAAUAGUAUCCGACGACAUCCUUCAUAGUGCACGAAACCAUUGUAAGCAUGUCCUCUACAAGCCAGAGAAUCGGACGAAGUUUCACAUCAGUCCUCAUAGACUACGUCCCGACAUAUUCCCAAAACAUCGU